GUUGUUCAGGCUUAUUAGGAGAAGAGGGAGUUGUCUAACAGCAGAGGAGAGUUUGCUGAACGUUAAGUUUAGAACUGAGGGAUGCAGCUCUCUUGGGUUUAACACAAGUGAGAACAUUUUUGAUUGGGUGUUUGUUUCUUAUAGCCGACACAUCCGUGCGUGGGACAGCAGUCACCACUUUCCUCCUCCGCUGCACAGAACAAUAAUUUUACUUUAUACACUUGGAACAUUACGCAACUCCACGACUGCUUUUACUCUGUUGGUACCACCGGCAGCCAAUUCCACAUCCAGUUUGAGGUUGUUUGAGCUGCGUCCUCACGUUGGGUCCAGCCGAGGAGGAUGGAGGGGAGCCCCAUCCCGGUGGUGACGGUCCAAACCGCCCCCUUCGACGACCAGCGGCCCGGUACCAACGGGCUGCGGAGGAAGACCGCGGUGUUCGAGGGGAGGAAGAACUACCUGCAGAACUACAUCCAGAGCCUGUUGUCCUCCAUCGACCUGCGCGACCGACAGGGCUGCACUAUGGUGGUGGGCAGCGACGGCCGCUACUUCAGUCGAGCUGCCAUCGAGGUGAUAGUGCAGAUGGCAGCUGCGAAUGGGAUUGGUCGUCUGGUAAUUGGCCACAAUGGUCUCCUGUCCACCCCUGCUGUUUCCUGCAUCAUCAGGAAGAUCAAGGCCAUUGGCGGGAUCAUCCUCACAGCUAGUCACAACCCCGGCGGCCCUGGUGGAGACUUUGGAAUCAAGUUCAAUGUGGCCAAUGGAGGCCCGUCUUCAGACACAGUGAUGGAGAGGAUCUACCAGGUGAGCCGGACGCUUGAGGAGUAUGCUAUUUGCCCCGAUCUUCGCAUUGACCUCUCAAGGCUUGGAAGACAAGAGUUUGACCUAGAGAACAAGUUCAAACCUUUCAGAGUUGAGAUCAUAGACUCAGUGGAGGUGUAUCUACAACUGCUGCGAACUAUCUUUGACUUUAAUGCCAUUAAAAGUCUCCUCACAGGACCAGAUCAGUUAAAGCUGCACAUAGAUGCCAUGAAUGGAGUCAUGGGCCCCUAUGUACGCAGAAUUCUGUGUGAUGAGUUGGGGGCCCCUGCUAAUUCUGCUGUCAACUGUGUCCCUCUGGAGGACUUUGGUGGUCGACCUCCUGAGCCAAACCUGACAUAUGCCACCUCUCUGGUAGAUGCCAUGAAAGGAGGCGACUUUGGCUUUGGAGCGGCAUUUGAUGCAGAUGGGGACCGGUACAUGAUCCUUGGAGAAAACGGCUUCUUUGUGAAUCCAGCGGACUCGGUGGCCAUCAUGGCUGCCAACCUCUCCACCAUCCCCUACUUUAGACAGCAUGGCGUCAAAGGAUUUGCGAGGAGCAUGCCCACCAGCACUGCCCUCGACAGGGUAGCCAAAGCCAUGAAACUGGCGCUGUAUGAGACCCCCACAGGUUGGAGGUACUUUGGAAACCUGAUGGAUUCUGGCCGUUGUUCCCUCUGUGGGGAGGAGAGCUUUGGGACAGGUUCUGACCACAUUCGUGAGAAGGAUGGUCUGUGGUCAGUGUUGGUGUGGUUAUCCAUCAUGGCGGCCAAGAAGCAAGGUGUGGAGCAGAUUGUCAGAGAACACUGGGCCAAGUUUGGACGCAACUACUUCUGCAGGUUUGACUAUGAAGGCCUGGACCCACGCGCAGCCUUUUACCUGAUGAGGGAUCUGGACGCAGUAAUUUCAGACAAAGCAUUCACCAGCCAGAAGUUUGCUGUAGGAGACCACAUAUACAGCGUGGAGAGGGCCGACAGCUUCGAGUACAUCGACCCAGUGGAUGGAACGGUGGCCCGAAACCAGGGAUUAAGGAUCAUCUUCACUGAUGCGUCUCGUCUGGUGUUCCGGAUGAGCGGCAGCGGCGGAGGGAUGGGUGCCACCGUACGCAUCUAUGCUGAGAGCAUUGAGAGAGAUCCUGAGAGACACAGCAGAGAGACACAGGUGGUGCUGGGUCCUCUCAUUGCCAUCGCCCUGAAGAUCUCCAGCAUCCAUGAGAGGACAGGACGCCAUGGCCCUAAUGUCAUCACAUGAGCAAGAACACACUCAUAAACACACACUCACAUGCACUCACACACAUGCAUCUACCUGCUCACACAGAGAAAAAGCACACCAUCUCUGUAGCUUCAGUCUCUUUUUUUCAUUUAUCAUUAAAAAUGACUAAAUGUGGUGCUCACUGCUGAAGUUUAUCUCUAAUGUUCAUUGACCACUAUCUUCUGUCAGCUAUUGAAAACUUAGAAUAGAGUCAGUGUCUUAACCAGGGAGGCUAGUUAAUUAUUACCACGCAUAAGUAAUGACAAAUAUGUAGACAGCAAACAAGUUAUCGAUGUGUAAACUGACAUUUAAUGUCUGUGCCUUACUUUUAUCAAGUCUGACAGAGAGAGCUUAAGAGAAGUUGUUCAGUUUUUAAUUCAGUUUGUUUUUUUGUAAUAGUGCAGUGUCCACUUUUUGCUCAUAUACAGUAUGUGACAAAGCUCAUGCAGAAUUAAUAAUUUUGUCAAAGUGUAAAAUAAAACUUGCAUUGCAUCACAACUAAUAUAGCACAGUGAAAUAAUUUUUUUAUUUUAAAAUGAAGAUAAAACAUUUCUUGCCCUAAUGAAGAAGUGAAAUGUAGUCACUCUCAUGUUUACUACAUAAGGACAGAUUAUUCCAAAUGUAAAAUAACCAAGUUGCCUUAGCAAGACGAGGAAAAAGAAGGAAAAUAUAUUUUAAACUAAUUUUACUUUUGUGGCUUUUUUCUUUAAUUUGUCAGUGUAGGCAUUUGGGAUGCUGCAAAACGAUAUUAAAAUAUAUUAUACCUUUUUGUUUUUAUCCAAAUAAACCUUUCUGUGUGUGGUGCUUGCCUUUUUAAUUGAAUCAGACAGGUCUAAUGGGGACAAAUAAAACGCAUCAUAAUGAGAUAUGUUGCCCUUAGGCAUUUUUAAACUUUAAUUA